CUCUAUUUGCGUGUACAAACAAACUGCAUAGCUGAAUCUAAAUAAAAUUAAAUUAAACACAUACAAUAAGUAUUAUAUCCCCCAUACAUGUUGCACUGGGCGAAAACAAUCAUUGAGAAUGCAGAAAUAUGAAAAAUUGGAAAAAAUCGGAGAAGGCACAUAUGGCACGGUGUUUAAGGCCAAAAACAGGGAGUCCCUAGAAAUAGUGGCGCUAAAACGUGUGAGACUUGAUGAUGAUGAUGAAGGAGUACCGUCGUCAGCAUUGCGAGAAAUAUGUUUGCUCAAAGAACUUAAACAUAAAAAUAUUGUUAGACUUUAUGAUGUGUUGCACAGUGACAAAAAAUUAACUCUGGUAUUUGAGCACUGUGAUCAGGACUUGAAAAAAUACUUCGACAGUUUAAAUGGUGAUAUAGAUUUAGAUGUUGUUAAAUCUUUCAUGUACCAACUGUUAAGGGGACUGGCAUUUUGUCACAGUCAUAAUGUUUUACAUAGAGACCUGAAGCCACAGAACCUGUUGAUUAAUAAAAAUGGUGAGCUGAAGCUGGCUGAUUUUGGACUAGCCAGAGCUUUUGGAAUUCCUGUUAAAUGUUACUCUGCAGAAGUUGUUACUUUAUGGUAUCGCCCACCUGAUGUUUUAUUUGGUGCCAAAUUAUAUACAACUUCCAUUGAUAUGUGGUCUGCAGGUUGUAUAUUUGCUGAAUUAGCCAAUGCUGGCCGUCCAUUAUUUCCUGGAUCAGAUGUUGAUGAUCAAUUGAGAAGGAUAUUCAAAUUAUUAGGAACACCUACAGAAGAUACCUGGAGUGGGAUGAGUCAAUUGCCUGAUUACAAACCCUUCCCUCUGUAUCAACCAAAUAUGAGUUUAUCACAGGUUGUACCUAAAUUGGGUAAUAGAGGAAGAGAUUUACUACAGAGGUUGUUGGUCUGCAAUCCAAUGGGGAGAAUGUGUGCUGAUGAUGCCAUGACACAUCAAUAUUUUAGUGAUUUGAAUCCAUCAAUAAAGAAUGAUAGAUGUUAGAUAAUUUGGUGAAUUAGGUUUGUUAAGAGAACAAUGAAUAAAUGUUGAAAGACUGUUGAAAAAUGGCUGUUGUAAAAAACAACACAAGAUAUAAACAAUACCUAACAAAUUAAUUGUCUAAGCAGGAAGAUUAUAUUAUUCUUAUUUUCCUCAGUAUUCUGCUUCCUAUUGGCUUUGUUAGUUCCAUAUGAUUUUUUUUGACUUUUUUAUAUUCAGAAUAAAUUGAUUACUUCAGUUAUCUUUGUGGAUGUGCUUAUAUAUUUUGUUUGGAAAGAAUGAAAUUGUCUCUUUUUUUCUUGUCUAUCUCCUUUAUUCAUGGAUCAAUUGUUCCUGGAAUUAAUAUUCUUCUAAGUAACUCAACUUAAACAAUAAAAGCAACUGGUGGAAGGAGUUCAUAAAAAUGGGGUGAAAAUUGUCUAAAGCAUGUUAGUCAGGGAGACAAUUUUCAAGAGCGUAUUAAAUAAAAUUACCACUGUUUUGAUUUAUUUCAGUUUUCUAUUUCUAGUUUUUGCCAAAUUAGUAACUCUUGUGUAUAGUACUUAAUAUUAAUAAUUCAUUUGGCAUUUCAAAGUUUUCUUAUAUACAUACUGACAAUUAAUCUGUUAGGUAAUUUUUUCAACAGUUAUUACGGAAAAAGUAAGAUUAUUAAAAAUACUCAUAUGACUGUUUCCAAUUAGAAUGGAUUGUCAGGUGUAUAGAUUGUAAACAAUUUAAUUGUAAGUUUUUUAUGUCUAGUCAUUUUAAUAAAUAGUAAAGAAAUAA